GUUUCCGGACGCGAUGGAGAUUAAAAGUAAUCUAUUCGGGGCUUUAGGAGUGGGGAUAGAGAACCCCUUUUAUACCCGUCAGGGUUGGAAUAGAGUCAACAGCCCUCGCCUAUAUAAGCGUCUGCCAACUAUCGGAUCUUCAGCGUCGUCGAGAGAGAACCAAAAAACAUCUCCCAAAAACAUUCAUUUAAACACUCCUUUUUUUGUUUUUUUUUUUUUUCAUUCACACCAGAUCUGGUAUCGGUAGCAAUGAAGUCCAUUCUUUUUUCACUUACUUGGGCUCUAGCCCUGGCCCGGCCAACUAAGCGCUCUUCCUCCUCACUCCUUUGGCUUGGAAGCAACGAGUCUGGCGCUGAGUUCGGCCCUGGCACUUUACCUGGUGUCGCGGGUACAAACUACGAGUGGCCUGACCUGUCCACCAUCACUACACUGCAGAAGGCUGGCAUGAACAUUUUCCGAGUGCCUUUCCUCAUGGAGCGUUUGAUCCCAACCAGUCUCACUGGUACUGUGGACUCUACCUACAUGGGCGAGCUGAAGAAGAUCGUUGAAGGGGUCACAGCCCUGGGGGCCCAUGUCGUUCUUGAUCCCCAUAACUAUGGUCGAUACUACGGCAACAUUAUCGAGUCGACUACCGACUUCGCUGCGUUCUGGACCACUGUCGCGAAGGAAUUCGCCUCGAAUUCUCUCGUUAUUUUCGAUACCAACAACGAAUAUCACGACAUGGACCAGACCCUUGUCCUCGACCUCAACCAGGCCGCCAUCAAUGCUAUCCGCGCUGCCGGUGCCACCAGCCAAUACAUCUUCGCCGAAGGAAACUCCUACUCUGGUGCUUGGACCUGGUCCACUGUGAACGACAACCUCAAGGCCCUCACGGACUCCGAAGACAAGCUCAUCUACGAGAUGCACCAGUACCUCGACAGCGACGCCUCUGGCACCAGCUCUACCUGCGUCAGCGCCACAAUUGGUAGCGAGCGUCUCAAGGCCGCCACUACCUGGCUCCGCAGCAACGGCAAGAAGGGUGUCCUGGGUGAAUUUGCUGGUGGCGUGAACUCUGUCUGCGAGGAUGCCGUCAAGGACCUGCUCUCUUAUCUCUCCGAGAACACUGAUGUGUGGACUGGGGCUUCGUGGUGGGCUGCUGGACCCUGGUGGGGUUCUUACAUGUACAGCAUCGAGCCUACUUCCGGACCUGCUUAUGAGAGUUAUAUGAGCAUCUUGAGCCCUUACUUUGUUACGGGAUCUACUACUACUGCUGCUACCACUACCACUAGCACUACUGCUGCUGCUGCCACCACUACUGCUGCUACUACCAAAGCUGCCACCACUACUGCUGCUGCUACCACUACCAAAGCUGCUUCUACUACCACUGCUGCUGCUGCUACUACUACUACUACCAAGUCUGUUGCUGCUACUACUGUUGCUGACGUUGCUGCUACUACUUCUACUAGCACCAGCGCCGCCGAUGCCACCGCUACAGCCACUGCGACUUUGACCAGCACAGUGACAACCACUACCACUACCACCACUACCACCACUACCACAGUGACUUCCACCACUACUGCCAGCUCUGCGGCCUCCACCGCAUCUGGCACCGUGGAACGCUGGGGACAAUGCGGCGGUCACAGCUGGACUGGAUCAACCACAUGCGCGAGCCCUUAUAAGUGCGUUGUGCAGAACCCCUGGUACUCUCAGUGCCUGUAAACACCCUUCGUUACCUUCUUGAAAUCUCUCGACCCAGACAAGAAACGCGGACCUUGACCUUCUUUUCUGCACCUUUUUUUUCUUAUCUCUCUAUUUCUUUCUUUCGAUUCUUCCAAUCGUUUUGUUGUUAUUUUUUUAUCCCUUAGUUGUUUUUAGUCGCUUCUUUUCAUCCGUGCAUUUAGCUGGCCAGGUUAGUGUAUGGAAAAUUCAUUCUUUAUCUAGAUAGAAUAAACGAUUCCUAUACUAUUUCUAUACUAUUUCUAUACUAUUUCUAUACUAUUCCUAUACUAUUCCUAUACUAUUCCU